GAUAUCCGAGACAGAAUGGAUCUUACAAAUAAUGGAGCAUCAGGGGGUGCAGUGGCUUGUCCAGUAUGUACCCUCUAUUUACGGGAGGGUAUCAGCUUACAAAGACAUUUGGACACUCAUCCGAAAGAACAAGUCAUUGAAGCUCUUAUCAAAGCCAGUAGCAAUUCACCUUUACCUUCGCAACAAGCACAGUUGUUACCAUCCGUGUCACCGACAUCUCCAUCUGUACAAUCGCCGCAGAGUACACCACCAGUCGCGCAAAAUGCUCAUCUGCCAACUCAAUCUCCAUAUCCUAUAGGACCUAUCUUUGAGUGUCCACCGAUUGGAACAAUGAUGCCGCCUCAGUUUGCUUCGUUUAGCUAUCAACAAUUUGUAAAUAAUGGCACUAUGAUGAUACCACAGUACGCGAUGGCUCCACAGAGUAAUCAAAUGAUGCAGAUGCUGUAUAAUCCGUAUGGUAUGUACCAGCAGCAACAAAUACCAACUGUUCAGAUGAUCUCACCGGUGACAGCCAUACCUAAUACAGCUAGAGUUAGGCCAGUGAUGACUGUGGCUAGCGAAACAAAUAGUAGGACUGCCAUUGCUGUAUCUGUAAAUAAUUCCGAGCCAAAACAAAUCUUACCUGAAAUUUUACCAGAACCAGAUCAAGAAUCUAAAGAAGUGUUACCAGAUAUCAAUCUUCCAGUCUCUCCCCCGUCAUUAAACGAACAUAAUUCUAUACAGCGAAACGAAAGCGAUACUAGUACAAUUGAAAUAGAACAUGAAGAACAGGAAUCCCAUAACUUGGGUUGCGAAAAUCAGCAUGCCAUUCAAAGUGAUUUCGAUAGCAUUCCAAGAACAUUGUCAGUCACUUGUAAUGUUAUUACUGCAGAAGAUAAAGUUGAGAGUGUACUGCCGGAUAUCGACAACGGUGAAUCGUCGGAUAUUGUUACUGCAGACGUGCAGUGUAAAACAAUUCAUUACGAAUCGUCGAAUAUACAAGAAUAUGUGCAUAGAUAUAAAAAUGAAGAUGAUGCUAAUAAAGUUCCAAUGCCUGAAGUAUCUUCUAUGAUGACAGAUAAUGAGACAGUAGAAUCAACUAUUGAAAAAGUUCCUCACAGAGAAGAAUUAAAUGCAAAUGAAGGCACCUCACCUCAAAUGCCUCUAGAGAGCACAGUAAAAGAAUCACCUCAACCUGAAGUAGAACAAUUAGAACGUCUUUUAAUCACUAUUAUGGAAUCUGAGUUUAAUAAUGAAGCACAUAAAGAGCCUGAUGCUGAAGAUGAUCAAAGAAGAAAUGAAGAAACAAAACAAAGUUCUGUAGAAAGAGCAGAGAGUGUCAUUCAUGAAAUAUCAAGCAGCAAUUCCUGUGAACAUGAGAGCAGUUGUAAAUCUGAUGUAGAGAUGAUAGCUAAUGAAAGUUCAGAAAUUGUUAUAGAUAAAGAAGAAAUCACGACUUCUUGUCUUUUAUACCAUUAUAAAAAUAGUUUAUCUGCACCUCCAUCACCUGUUAUUGUAAAAAGAGCCUAUAGAACUUACACUAGUCGUUCUGAAUUUGGUUCUAAUGAAAAUUUCAAUUCUUACCCAGGUGAUUUUUAUUCAAAUACAUUGCAAGAUGAAGAUGAUGAUGAAGACGAAAAACAAGAAAUAGAAGACAAUGAAGAUGAAAAAAAUGAAACAGAAGAUAACUUUGAUGAAGCUGAUAUGGACAUAGAAGAAAUACCUAGCCCUCAUACACCUUUUGUUAAAUAUGGGGAGAGUGGAGAAUAUAUUAGAUCGCAUACUCCAUUAUCUGUAUGCAGUGGUAUCUCUGUGCUAAGAGUUAGAAAGGAUCUCAGUAAACCAUGCUCACCUGCUUCUGUACAUUCGUUUUGUCAUAUGGAUACCAAUGGUUUAAGUAAUGAUGAAGAAAGUAACACAGGAAUGGAUGCAUCAUUGGAAAAAGAUCCUAUCGAUUGUUCUUUGAUCGAACGAGACGUGAAAACAGAUGGAUCGGAGAUUUCUGUAUGUGAAAAUAUUAUUGAGAGUAAAAUGGAAGGGAAUUCAGCAUAUCAAUCUGUAAUCACCGAGCACGUGAGCUCAUUUCCUACAAUUCACUCGCAACAAUCGUCGUUGGUACACGAUCCAUAUACUAGUACACCAAAUAAAAAUCAUAAUCUCGUAAAUCUGUCAGAAUCUAUUGAUGUUGCAAGUAGUUCUGACUCAAAGAGUUUCCAUUCUUCUAAAUCAAUUAUACAAAAGCAGUCGAUGGAACUCCUUAGUUUAAACGAAGACGCCCAUGCAGGUCCAAUGAACGUUUUCGAAUUUGAUGGGCUUCAAAUCUUAGUUCCUAGUACAUUUAUAAGCGACUCGUCGCAAAAAGCUGUCAGUGCAACCAGUCAACAGUCAAUGGCAAGUAGCGAAGGUGGAGUAGGUAUAGAUGAAGAGGUCAAAAGCAUUAACAUGAGGGCUGAUGAAACUAUGCCACCUAGAGGUGAAUUAUCGGAACAAGAAAGCAAUGGAUGUACAGAACAAUCUGCUUGGCAGCUGUAUGCUGGUCAGGAGUCAUCACGCAUGUCGACCUCUUACGACUUGAUGGCACGUGAAAGUUGGGAAGAAUCGGAAGGAUCGGACAAUGAAAUCAGCGGUCCUCUAUUAGAUAGCAGAUCUUUAGCUACACAUUUUACAUCAAGUUUAUUCCUAGAUCGAGAUAGAAAAACUCCAACAAAAAGAACAUUCAAGUGUUAUCAUUGUCCAGAAAUAUUCGAUUGUCCAAAAGAACGCAGAGUACAUAGUACUACGACGCACAAAGAAGCUGGACCGAGUAGUAGUAGAGAUCCUAUAGAUCAACCCGAGGUAAAGGAUAUCAAGUUACUGGAUGGCCGCAUGAACGCGUUCGAGGAUAUUUUUGUACCAGGUUUACAUGUGCAACAAGUUUAUCAUCAGCAGCCACUAUUACAUCAACUUCAACCGCCACAGUCGUCAGAGUUAACUGCAAAAGUAGAACCUGAUCAGAAAAUCGAGACUUUAGUAAUACCAUCUAACAUCGAGGUGAUCUGCACUUUGUGCAAUCAACGAUUUAAUAGUGAAAAAUCAUUGCAGUUACAUCAUACAAGAGUACAUAUUUCAGAAACAAAACGAAUUCGCGAGAGUACCAAGUGCCAGAUAUGCCACGAAGAAUUUCCUUCGGUUCUAUUGUUUAACGCCCAUCUAAAAGUACACCCGUUAGAAUGUGGCCAAUGUGGGAAGUAUUUUUAUAGAAAACAAAAUUUCAAAUUACACAUGAAACGUCAUUUAGGAAUUAAACCAUUUCCAUGUACUGUUUGUGACAAAGCAUUUUUAACAAAACAGAAGUUGGACGAGCAUACUAACGGUCACACUGGAAAUGCACCUGUUAAGUGUAAUCUGUGUAAUGAAACGUUUCGUAGAUAUUCAAACCUGACUCAGCACAAAAAUAGACAUCAUCUAAAUAUAAAAAAGAAAUUAAAAGAUUUCAUAUGUCACUGCGGCGAGGUUUUUCAUACAAAGAAGAAAUUAGCAUGGCAUAAAGAAACACACGACGAAAAGCCCAAAGCGUGUACAUAUUGUAACGAAAGAUUCAUUCACAUGGCCAGUCUGACCCGGCACAUGCGCCGCGCUCACAACAGAAGAUUUGUUCCGGAUGCUCAGAGGGAGAGCGAAAAUGUUGAGUGCCCCAUAUGUAAGUGUAUUUAUUUGCGAUCUUCCUUAGCAGUUCAUAUGCGAGUUCACAAUGGUGAGAGACCAUAUGAAUGUCAAGUUUGCUCUAAGGCGUUUAGUACUAAGUGGAACUUACAAUUGCACAAAUGGACUCACGCUGCCCGUAGCACCAAACCUUACAAGUGUAAUCAGUGUAGUGCCGCAUUUUACCGGCACAGCGACUAUACGGCUCAUAUGAAUUCUCAUAGAAACGUGCGUCCUUAUACGUGUAACUAUUGCGGAGCGCAGUUCAUACGAAAGUAUAAUUGUUUAAGGCAUGUCAAAGAGCACGAAGAGAACAAAGCAUACACAUGCGAUGUUUGCAAUAAAACUUUUCAUAGAUCGUAUUAUCUGAAAGAACACUUGCGAGUCCAUUCAGGCGCUAGACCGUACACAUGUCAUAUUUGUGGAAAGUCUAGCGGUACGAAAUCUAAUCAUAAUAAACAUGUUAGAAUUCAUCAUGCGCGGGAACCUGUAAAUACCGAAAAUUAAAGAACGAACGAGAAUUUCGAUCCAUUUUAGUCAAUAUCGAUACUUUUAAAGUAGCGUCUUAUAAUAUUUUAUCUUACCAUUUUACUACUUUCUUCACUUGUUCGGCUGAAGAUAGUAAUCGUUUUUAGCACAAAACAAAAAGUUACGAAAUAAAUAAAUUAAUUUACCGUAAAUGUAGACGUAUUACAUUUUUUAAGAUUCUCGUUCGUUUUUCUGUUCUUUAUUAUUUACUAGAUAUUUUAAAAUAGACAUUUUAAACUUGAGUUCGCGGCUAGUAUAACUGGCUAUAUUAUCCAUUACGUAAAAGUUUAAUUUGUCUUAUAUGGAAAAAAAGACGAUUUUACGUUGUGUGCUGUGUUGUACACUGUACAUUACAAUUCGUAAAUUUUCGUCAUAUAGUCUGUUAAAAUACAAUGACUCGAGACUGUAACUACUUAAGAUAAUAAGAAAUUUUUAAUAAUAUUAACUGAUACAUGUUGUCUGGAGAUCUGAGUAACUUCCAUAAAGGAAGGCUAUACGAUGAGAUGCUUUUGCCAACUUACACUAAUUAACUAUUAGGUAAUAAUAAUUAACUGAUCAAUAUUAUGGAAUCAUUAAGCACUUUUUAUGUGUUGAAUCGCUGUAUGAAAAUUUUUUUACAAUGACUAUUUUACACAAGGCAUGCAUAUUGCAGUUUUAUGCAUUGGGAUCGAAUGUAAGGGGGAUCGUAUAUGUUUGCGUUCAAUCUACAACGCAUUGUAAAGAACCCUAUCGAUAAUUUAGCGGUAUUGAUUAUCACAAGGUAGUUACGGAUCUUAGUUAUUAUUCUUCUAUAUUUAUAUAUUUUGCAAAAUAUAAUGACUUUUAUUGCUAAUUGUAAUUCCAAGACUGAUCGAUGUUGGUUUUUCGUAUUGCUCUCCAAUCCAAUUUUAAUGUACGUAUCAUGUAUUUAAAUGAACUCGUACGUAUGCAAUUUUAAAAAAAAUUCGUAUUUAUCAAAAUAUUAUUUGUGCUAUGACAAAUAUCUUAACAGUUGACUGUUUUAUAUUUAAAUGUUUGCGAUAAUUUGUUGUUACUGAAUUUUACGAGAGCAAUAUGAAUGGAGGGAGCGCUAAACAAUUAUACGUAUUCAGAUUUUGUUGUAUCGUAUUGAGGAUGCGUUGUUAUAAAGUGGUUUUCAUAAAUAAUACAAACUAUGAAUCUAUACAAUCUAUGCAUAAAACUUUGUGAACGAUUGAACUAUUUUUACAUUAUACAUUGAGUUUUCCUUUGUUAAUAGUUAUCUAACAAAUUUUAUGAUUCGUAAUGUACGGCUGUUUGUUUUUAUUUUUUUUUUUUUUUUAGGUCAAUGGAAACUAUACGUUUCGUUGUAAUUGUGUAUAACAACUUUCGCUAUUGUCAGCUGUUAAUCAAAGCUUAUUUAUAUGCAUGACCAACAUCGAUGUCCAAAUGUGCAAUCGUUUAGUUAAAACACGUGCAUCCCCAGUGAAUGCAAUUGUAGAUAAUGUAAAUAUGUAUAUCAGUUUUAUUUUAUAACAGGGCCAAUGAAUUGUGUUGGCAAUUAAUAAUUGUCUAAAAACGACCUGUACUCGUAUGAGGAUAAAAAUAGGAUAAUUAUUACUAUAAAAAGAAACUAUAAAUCAGCAACAUGUGUAUACCUUAAUAAAAAUUAUGUAUUGAGGUACUUUUUUAAAUAAGUUUUUCUUUGCAUUUUUCUUUGCAAGUACCGUUACUAUAUUUGACCCCGUAUUUCUAAAUUCAUCAUGUAACAAAAUAUUUUACAUAAAAACAAUAAAGUGAUUAUGAAAGGUGUGAAAGUAUGUACAUAUAAACGAGCUAAAGUUUUUAAAAGCUUUCAAAUUUUUAGUUACUCCAAAUGAAAGGAACUCCAUUCAUUAUGAAAUGAAUAAAAAUAUCUAUAAUUUAUAAGGUACACGUACGUCAUCGGAUAAUGCAUAAACAUUAUAUGUUUUUUUAUUAUAAAAAAAGAUGGGAAAAAGUAGCUCUUUUUGUAAGUAAAAGAAAUUUAUUUAAAUUCAAGUACACAUUUACAUUACAUAGUUAUUCAAUGAACGGAAUCGAAUUAUGUACGUACUAUUCUGUAUUUUCGACUUAUCGCGAUAACCUGUCUAAGAAUUUUAUUAUAUAUGUUUCGAAACAAAAUUUGUCAAUAUUUAUAAGAUGAAAUGUAAAACUUAUUUCAAAUAAUUGUUUUCGCAACAGAGUUACUAGUUUUUAUCUAAAACAUCGUACAAUCACUAUUGGUACAGGUUAAUUAAACAUACCUUGUUUAGGUUUUAUUCAAAUACCAGUUUCGUGAAAAAUGAAAAACACAAACCUAUCUUUAAUUUAUUUAUUUUUUAGUAUAAAAAAGAAAAAUUCGAAAUGUUUAUUUCACAAUGUUUAUACACGCAUAUGCGAUAGACCGCAAUUUAUAUGUAAUAUGUACCGUUUCAUAUAUUAUUUUUGUUCUUAGAUACAGUAAACAUUAAAAAAUUGUCCUCGCAUACUGCUCAAUUAUAAAAACUUUACAAAAUAAAAAGAUUCUUUAGACCUUGAAUUUCUUAGUCAAAACAUUUUUCUGGUCUGUAUAUUAUUGAUUUUUACUUUUUUUUUUGUUGCUUCGUUUCAAAUUCAAUCAUAUAAAAGUAGAAACCAGCAAGUUAACCUUAAAAUUUUUCUUUGUAAAUUGCUUGCGGGCGAUCUCGACAGGAACUUUCAAUU